AUGUUGUUACAAGCUGAUGACAGUCCUCAGAGCUCGCCUCGGGUAUGGGAUGAGCAGCCGCCUCCCCCACAGAAGAUAGAUCACGAUGUACGUCACUACGGCGGUACUACAACCGCUUUCGAUUCCAUGUCUUCUCAUAUGCAACCCAAAAAAAGACGAGGUUCAGUCCAGGAACGAGUGAUUGAGUUGAAUCAAGAGAAUGGAAGGCUACAGCACGAGGCUCUCUAUUAUGAAACUGUAGCCAACAGCGUGUUGAGGGAUCUCUUGUUAUCACUUCAAGGCCCUAUUAGCAGGUUGUGUUCUUCGAUUGGUGGCUGCAAAAUGGCAGUCGAAGGACAUCAGCUGUCUGCCGAAGCGACUCAACAGGCCGAAAAUAGCUAUCACACAAUCAAUAUGUGGUCCAGUAGAAAAACAAGUCAAUUAUGUGAAAGUAGUGGAUGUGCACAAGAAAGGACUAAGAAAGAGGCCAGCCCUUUUCCUAUCCUAAGCCCGGACCACCGCACUCUCCCGCAAUCCGCCAGGGCUCGCGAGGGCUCUGUACUUGGAGUUCUUGUGGUAAGGCUGACUCGAGAAAACGGGAAGUUGAGGCAGUCAAUUGCAUUAAAUAGAAAGCUGGUUUUUCAGGUUCUGGUACUCCUGAUACCUCAAAUGCAGCAUCUUACUCUUGGCCUCCGCUCAGCAAUCGACGAAGGAGACGUCAUACUCAAGCAAGCGAACAAUGCAUGGGGGCGAGAAAUUAGUUUCGUUGCGCAAACCUGCACCGACCCAGAGCGCGGACACUCACCCGAGAGCAAGACCUCCUGCCGACAUAUAGCGAAGGAGGGACAAGAUUCCACUUCAUCAACACGUUGGAUAGCGCAAUGGCCAGAACACCAAGACAUCACAGAGAGCCAAAAUGCCAUGUCCCUCACUGAACUCAGGCGCCAUCGCAGAAUCCUUCAAUUGGAAUGUUCUUCCUACAGAAAAUUGGUUGAAGAGGUACUGGUUCAAGUAGUACCAGCGAUAGAGUCUCACUCAAACGAACUCCAAUCCAUCAUUAAAAAAUCUAUUUCAUGGGACCAUAAUAUCAAGCGCCAAUUUCAAGAGAGAGACAGGUCUUGA